CUCCGAGAGGUCUUAGGGGUGGAAGAGGAGGAAGUGGAGGAACCAGGGGACCUCCCUCUCGGGGAGGGCACAUGGAUGAUGGUGGCUAUUCCAUGAAUUUUAACAUGAGUUCUUCCAGGGGACCACUCCCAGUAAAAAGAGGACCACCAUCACGAAGUGGGGGUCCUCCUCCUAAAAGAUCUGCCCCUUCAGGACCAGUCCGCAGUAGCCGUGGAAUGGGAGGAAGAGCCCCUGUAUCACGUGGAAGAGACAGUUACAGAGGCCCACCUCGAAGAGAACCCUUGCCCUCUCGUAGAGAUGUUUAUUUGUUCCCAAGAGAUGAUGGAUAUUCUACUAAAGACAGCUAUUCAAGCAGAAACUACCCAAGCUCUCGAGAUACGAGAGAUUAUGCACCACCACCAGAUUAUACUUAUCGUGAUUAUGGUCAUUCCAGUUCACGUGAUGACUAUCCAUCAAGAGGCUAUAGUGAUAGAAAUGGAUACAGUCAUGAUCGUGACUAUUCAGAUCAUCCAAGUGGAGGUUCCUACAGAGACUCAUAUGAGAGUUACUGUAACUCACAUAGUGCUCCACUUACCCGAGGGCCCCGCCAUCUUAUGGUAGAAGCAGUCACUAUGAUGAUUACAGCAGCUCACAUGACGGAUAUUGUGGAAGUCGAGACAGUUACUCAAGCAGCCGAAGUGAUCUGUACUCAAGUGGUCAUGAUCGGGUUGGCAGACAAGAAAGAGGGCUUCCCCCUUCUAUGGAAAGGGGGUACCCUCCUCCAUGUGAUUCCUACAUCAGUUCAAGCCAAGAGCACCAAGAGGUGGUGGCCGUGGAGGAAGCUGAUCUGAUAGAGGGGGAGGCAGAAGCAGAUACUAGAAAGAAACAAAACUUUGGACCAAAAAAUCCCUGUUCAAAGAAACAAACAAAAAGUGGAAACUAUUGUCAUAACUACCCAAGGACUACUAAAAGGAAAAAUUGUGUUACAUUUUUUAAAUUUCCUGUUAAGUUCCCCUCCAUAAUUUUUAUGUUCUUGUGAGGAAAAAAGUAAAACAUGUUUAAUU